CAGGAGGAGGCUCAUGGAGAAGCAGGCGUACCCGGACCCCUCCGUGGUCCUGGUGGAGGAGAAGAAGGGACAUCUCAUCCCGAACGGGAACGGACACGCCAAUGCGGCCGUCAACGGCAGCUUGAUGUCGGUCCCGACGUGCACCGGCGGUGCGGGCGGCGCUGCCGCCGCGAUGCCCCUGGCGGCGAAGGAGAAGGUGCUGGACUACCCGGAGAGGGAGACCUGGACCCGGCAGAUGGACUUCAUCAUGUCCUGUGUGGGCUUUGCCGUGGGCUUGGGCAACGUGUGGCGGUUCCCGUACCUGUGCUAUAAAAACGGCGGAGGUAAGUUUCUGGUGCCUCACAUCAUAUUUACUAGUCACAUCAUAUUUACUGGCCACAUCAUGAUAUAUAGACAUGAAAUAUUACUUGGUAGUUUCAGUAAGUUAUCUGGUUGUAAUGUGCUGAUGGUACAUGACAUCUCCUCAGGUUUGGGCUACGCCUCCAUGGUGAUUGUGUUCUUCUGUAACACAUACUACAUCAUGGUGUUGGCCUGGGGCUUCUACUAUUUCAUCAAGUCCUUUAACGCCACCCUCCCUUGGUCCACCUGUGACAACGAAUGGAACACGCCCAGCUGCAUCGAGAUCUUUAAACAGCCUUACUGUCACAACAGCAGUCUGCCCAACGCCACCAUCCUGCCCCACACCACCAUCCUGUCCAACGUCACCUGCCCCAACCUGACCGAUGGACGCUCACCCAUCAUCGAGUUCUGGGAGAACAAGGUGCUCAACAUCUCAGACGGUCUGGACCAGCCGGGGGUGAUGAACUGGGAGCUGAUGCUGUGUCUGGUGGCCGUGUGGGUCAUGGUCUACUUCUGUGUAUGGAAGGGAGUCAAGUCCACUGGCAAGAUUGUGUAUUUCACGGCGACAUUCCCUUACGUGGUUCUCAUCAUCCUGUUGGUCAGAGGGGUCACACUUCCUGGUGCCUACGACGGCAUCAUGUACUACAUCAAACCAAACUGGUCCAAGCUGGCUGAGGCCCAGGUGUGGAUUGAUGCAGGGACUCAGAUUUUCUUCUCCUAUGCCAUUGGCCUGGGAGCUCUGACCGCCCUGGGAAGCUACAACCGCUUCAACAACGACUGCUACAAAGACGCCUUCAUGCUGGCUCUAAUCAACAGUGGGACCAGUUUCUUUGCUGGCUUUGUGGUAUUUUCUAUACUGGGAUUCAUGGCAGCAGAGCAGGGAGUGGACAUCUCCCAAGUGGCCGAAUCAGGUCCUGGCCUGGCGUUCAUUGCGUAUCCUAAGGCGGUGAGUUUGAUGCCGGUGGCUCCUGUCUGGGCUGCUCUCUUCUUCUUCAUGCUGCUACUACUAGGACUGGAUAGCCAGUUUGUGGGGGUGGAGGGUUUCGUGACGGGCAUCUUGGAUCUGUUUCCUGGGAAGUAUUACUAUCGCUACAGGAGGGAGAUCGCCGUGGCGAUCUGCUGUCUGCUGUGUUUUAUCAUUGACCUCUCCAUGGUGACGCAGGGAGGGAUGUAUGUCUUUCAGCUUUUUGAUUAUUACUCAGCCAGCGGGAUGACACUACUCUGGCAGGCAUUCUGGGAAUGUAUAGUAGUAGCCUGGGUCUAUGGUGCUGAUCGGUUCAUGGACGAUGUGGCGCGUAUGAUCGGCUACCGACCAUUCCCCUGGAUGAAGUGGUGCUGGUCCUUCAUCACCCCCUGUGUCUGCAUGGGAAUCUUCCUGUUCCACCUGGUGAACUACAAGCCUCUGACCUACAACAAUGUGUACGUGUACCCCUGGUGGGGCGAGGUGAUAGGCUGGUGUCUGGCUCUGUCCUCCAUGCUCUGCAUCCCCGUCAGUCUGAUCUACAAACUCUUCCGAGCCAAAGGAACCUUCAGAGAGCGCUGGGCUAAUCUGACCAACCCGGUGUGGGGCACUCAUCACCUGGAGUACAUGGCUCCUGACAUGGACAUCAAGUCGCUGGCUUCGCUUUCUCCUGCCACCGAUGAAGACAAGGUCAUCAUUUUUGAGAGUGUCAUGUAG